AUGCUCAUCCACCGAAUGUUUCUUCGCAGACAAGACACAGACGACGACAUAAUAUCGAAGAAAUCGCUACAAUCGGUCAAGCAGAUUAUCAACUUUCUGAAAGAACACGCCAGGGAGGAGGGCCUGUUCCGGCGUGCAGGCCGCCGCGAUCUCAGAAGACGAAUUUUAAAUUCGCUGAAGAAAGGGGAGAAACCUCAUUUAGGGAACAAUGACGCGGCUCUGGAGUGCGCAGCCGCGUUGCAGCUGUUCCUGAGCCAUUUGAAGAAACCCGUGAUGCCACGCCACGUCCAGCAACUUCUUCUUGCUGAUAAUCCUGGAGUGACCGCUCACAUGAUCGCCAAGGAUGCAUUAGGAUUGAUACGACAGGAUGUCGGUGGUCGUCACGGGGAGCUUCUUGCCGGUCUUCUUGAUUUACUGAGACACCUGACCCUCUCUGGCCCUCCAUCCGAAAGAUCAGAGUUACGUGGCUCGCCGCUUCCGAUUGCACUGCUCCCAGUCUUUUUCACUUUGACGCCGGCCGAUCUGGUGAAAUGGAAGCAAGUGGCCACCAGAUUCAACGAAUUAAUUACCGAAGCCCCCGAGCAACUGCAGCUGAAUGAAAAUCGAUCGUGCGAAAUGGAAUCCAGCCGGCUGCCCGUGGGAAGCGCCGGCAACGUUAGGUUGGAGAGAUAACUGGAAUUCUUGCUGUGCCGUUAUACGGCCCGCCGGCGAGUAGACUUCAUCCGGCAAUUACCAAUUCGAAUCGAAAGCACCCGGUAUUAAACGGCAUUAACACAAAUGUAAUUCUUUCGCAUGAAUGUAAAAGGGCCGUGUAAAUUAUUUGUACUUGCUCGCGCGGCGACAAUCCGCAGAGGGUCGAUAUUUUUCAUCUUUCCACGCUU